AUGUUUUUUGAAACGACACUGGCCCUCCUCGCAUACAUCGGCGGCUAUUUUGACGGUCGAAUGGACCAAAGAAAAAAAGGGGGCAGCCGGUCCUCGGACGUAUCGUUUCGAACGAAACUUCCGGCCGCUCCUUCUGGCCCCAGCCGCCCUAAAGGAAACCCGUUUUUUAAGGGGUCCUCCAUUUGCACGGGCAUGCCCACAGAUGCCAAGAUAAGCUUAAUUUCGCUAUAUAAUGGCACACUGGAAACGACGGUGCGUCGCUCUAUAUUGCAAUUGUAUGAGAAGCACCACGGAGCAUGUGUGCAAAUUGACACCACCAUGCCACCGUCUAAACCACAAACCUCAAACCACAAACCAGAAAACCAGAAAACGGUGUUAGACGCACUCACGGAGGAGAAACAAAGUAAGACCUGCAAUGACUCGACCACGUGCCCAAUAUCUCAUUUGAGUCCAUCCGUGCACCCACGCCGUCAACUGUGA